UUUGUAUACAAAAUGAAAGUAUGUUCUUCUGAAGCCAUAUGGACUGUUUAUGGCUUCAGUAGGUGUGGCGAGAGGUUGAAGAGGAGUGAAGGAAUGACUGAAUAUAAGCUGGUGGUGGUGGGCGCUGGAGGCGUGGGCAAGAGCGCUCUCACCAUCCAACUCAUCCAGAACCACUUUGUGGAUGAAUACGACCCCACUAUAGAGGACUCCUACAGGAAGCAGGUGGUGAUUGAUGGGGAGACGUGUCUCCUGGACAUCUUGGACACUGCAGGUCAGGAGGAGUACAGCGCCAUGAGGGAUCAGUACAUGAGGACAGGAGAGGGCUUCCUCUGUGUCUUUGCCAUCAAUAACACCAAGUCCUUUGAGGACAUUCAUCAGUACAGGGAACAGAUCAAACGGGUGAAGGACUCGGAUGACGUGCCCAUGGUGCUGGUGGGUAACAAGUGCGACCUCCCGGCCCGGACGGUGGACACACGGCAAGCGCAGGAGCUCGCACGCAGCUACGGGAUCCCCUUCAUCGAGACCUCAGCCAAAACACGACAGGGUGUGGAGGACGCGUUUUACACGCUGGUGCGAGAGAUCCGUCAGCACAAGAUGAGGAAGCUGAACCCUCCGGAUGAGAGCGGACAGGACUGCAUGAGCUGCCGCUGCGUCGUGUCGUGAUCCAGUGAAAUAUGACGCAGAUCUUGACCUUCCUGUUUUCUGGUCCUCAGCUGAUGGGAGAAGUUUACCCAUGGUUCUGUGCGGCAGACUGGACCAGAGAGGGAAGACGUGGCGUCUCAUCUGAAAGCACGCCAGGCCUCCUGCGUAACGAACAUUAGCGACAGGACCGGUGACCUCUCUGGACUGAUAAACACCACUAAUGACUGACUCCUUUCUUCUCUUCAUUUGUGGCCCCAGUCUGCUAACGCUGGGCGCCUCUGGAUUUCUGCUGAAUUAUUGUUCUUGAAGUCUCGACACUGGUCUGAAACGGACUCGGCACGUCACAUGACCUCAGCGUCUCACACAAACCUUCCUCCGCUCCGACGGACCGACUGGACACUAGUGACCUCAUCCCUCGACCCCCGUCCCGCCGCACCUCAUGGAAAGCAUAUAUAUAUAUACACAUAUAUGUAUAUAUGUAUGUGUGUGUUCUUGUCUGUCGAAAAGAGCGGAAACUCUUGUUUUUUGCUUGACGUGCAGGUUGUUUUAACAUAAUGUUUGUGGAGAUCUAACGGGAGCAUUAGUUCUGUGUGCUGGUAAAUGUGUGUGUUACGAACGAGCGUUUCCAUUAGAGAAUUAAACAGGCCGACUGAAUUUUCCAAAAUAAAAACUCACGAGUUGUUUGAAGAAGCUUGUG